GUUAUUCGUUUUGCCCACCGGCUCCAACCAGACAGACGUGUGUCUGACAGAGCGGGACAUCCUAACCUUCUCAGGACAACAACCUGCGUGACCUGUUCAGAGCUUAGAAUCAGAGUGCUGUCUUUUCGCAGUGGCCGCAAUGCAGCCUCAAGAAAAAGGGGCAACCCUCAAAUCCCCAUCAGCUGAGGGAGCUCUCGAGGACCAGAGUUACAGACCGCCAGAGGCAUGCGGACAGCCAUCAGCGCUCGCCAAAACAUGGAGCCAUCUCAACGAGAACGUCCGCGGCUCGAUCCUCGCUGAGGUCCAACUCCUGAUCCUCACAUUCUGCAUCGGUGUCCAAGACGCCGUCUCCUUCCCCGACUUCCACUGCUUCGCCUCCAACCAAACCGGCAACACCGUCUUCCUGGUGCUCGCCAUCGUGCUGCCCGAGGCCAACGGCGACAUGUUCAUGACGGCCAAUAUCGGCGUCGCGCUGGGCUUCUUCCUCGCGUCGGCCUGGCUGACCGGGCAGCUGGGCCACAUCAUCGGCCCGCGCCGGCGGCUCUGGCUCGUCUUCUGCAACCUUGUCCAGACCUGCCUCGUCUUCGCCGCCGCGGGGCUGCAGUACGCGCACCGCUCGUCGAGCGGCCAGCUCGCGCUGGACGGCGCGCAGGCGCCCAGCACGCUGUGGGCCAUCGGCCUGCUGGCCACGGCGGCGGGGAGCCAGGUGGUGCAGUCGCGGUCGCUGCGCAUGACCGAGAUCUCGACGGCCAUGGCCACGGCCGCGUGGGUGGACCUGAUGAUCGACCGGGACCUGUUCGCGCUGAGGAACAACAGGCCGCGCAACCGGAGGGUCGGCUUCCUGCUCUCACUCGUGCUGGGCACCCUGGCGGGCGCCUUCAUCUUCAGGAGGGUGGGCUCGCCCGCGGCGUUGGUCGUCUCCGGUGCGGGGAAAUUGCUGGUGACGGUUAUGUAUCUGUUCGCUGGGGCAGACAGGCCGAAGCUGGAGAACAUCGAGGCUUCGGCUUGAUGGGGAGACGGUGCGGAGGACAGGGAAGAAGGGGGGGAUUGGUUGGUUGGAAUGGGCCCCUCCUUUUUUUCCUUUUUUUUUUUUUUUUUUUUUUUUGGCUUGCGUUGCAUUCAAAGUGUCAGCGUGGCGUUUAGGAUUGGAGCAUUUGAUACCUCAGCAGUAGAAUUGGCGGAUGGCGACUUAUAGAUUUGGACC